GACCGAGCUCCGACGCCUCUGCCAUUGAUCGUCGUUGUCUAUAAUAACUCUGCGGCGAACGCAUAUCCAGUCAUCCUCGUUUCCCCCUCUGCUCUCACCACCAUGCCGACCGCUGUACCUGCACCGCGUACUCUGUACGACAAGAUCUGGGACGACCACGUCGUUGAUGCCAGCAAGGACGAUGGGCUAUCGCUCAUCUACAUUGACCGUCACUUGGUUCACGAAGUUACGAGCCCACAGGCGUUCGAGGGACUGAGGACUGCAGGUCGCCCAGUCCGCCGCCCUGACUGCACGCUAGCCACAGUGGACCACAACAUUCCGACUGUAUCACGCAAGAACCUUACGACUGUUGAGGCCUUCAUCGAGGAGCCUGAUUCGCGCGCGCAAUGUGUUGCGCUCGAGGACAAUGUCAAGGAGUUUGGCCUGACCUACUUUGGGAUGAAGGAUCGGCGACAGGGUAUCGUUCACAUCAUCGGGCCUGAGCAGGGCUUCACUCUCCCUGGUAUCACCUGCGUGUGCGGUGACUCCCAUACAUCCACCCACGGUGCUUUCGGUGCCCUUGCCUUCGGUAUCGGUACCUCGGAAGUCGAGCAUGUCCUCGCCACCCAGACGCUGCUGCAGAAGAAGGCGAAGAACAUGCGCAUCACCGUCGACGGUGAGCUACACGAGGGCGUCACCUCCAAGGAUGUUAUCCUUCACAUUAUUGGCAUCAUCGGCACCGCUGGUGGUACUGGCUGCGUCAUCGAGUAUGCCGGCUCAGUCUUCCGCGGCUUCAGCAUGGAGGCGCGCAUGAGCGUCUGCAACAUGAGUAUCGAGGCGGGUGCUCGUGCAGGCAUGGUCGCCCCGGACGAGAUCACCUUCGAGUACCUCAAGGGCCGCCCCCUCGCGCCGCAGGGCGAGGAGUGGGACCGCGCCGUCGCGUACUGGCGCACGCUCAAGUCGGACGAGGGCGCGACGUUCGACCACGAGAUCGUCAUCGACGCCGCCGACAUUGUGCCCACUGUGACGUGGGGCACGUCCCCACAGGAUGUCGUCCCCAUCACCGGCGUCGUUCCCGACCCGUCGAAGUUCGAGGACCCGGUGAAGCGCACGUCGGGCGAGCGCUCGCUCAAGUACAUGGGCCUGACGCCGAACACGCCCAUGCAGGAGAUCCCUGUCGACAAGGUGUUCAUUGGAUCCUGCACGAACAGCCGUAUCGAGGACUUGCGCUCUGCGGCGCGGAUCGUCAUCGCUGCUGGUCCCGAGGCGCACGUCGCGCCCAACGUCCAUGCAAUGAUCGUUCCGGGUUCGGGUCUCAUCAAGCAACAGGCGGAGGCGGAAGGUCUGCAGGCGAUCUUCGAGCGCGCAGGAUUCGACUGGCGCGAGGCUGGCUGCUCGAUGUGCUUGGGUAUGAACCCUGACCAGCUCGCACCAGGAGAGCGCUGCGCCAGCACCAGCAACCGCAACUUCGAGGGUCGCCAGGGUUCUGGCGGUCGAACUCAUCUUAUGAGCCCGGCUAUGGCCGCUGCUGCUGCGCUCGCCGGCAAGCUUGUCGACGUCAGGAAAUACCUGGGUGCUGCCGAGGACAAGACGACCUCGGCAAAGCUGAAGAUCACCAGCGCCUUCGACUUCCUCGACCCGCCUCAGGCGCCGCCUGCGCCAGUUCUUCCCAUACAAACUACCGCAUCGUCUUCGUCUACCGAGCUCCCGCCAGCCGAGAGCCCAUCUGGUGUGGAGAAAUUCACCGUACUGAAGGGUAUCGCGGCGCCGCUGCACAUUGAGAACGUCGACACGGAUAUGAUCAUCCCGAAGCAGUUCCUGAAAACGCUGAAGCGCACGGGUCUCGCGAACGCUCUGUUCUUCACGCUGCGUAAGGACCCGGUGACGGGGCAGGACACGGAUUUCAUCCUCAACCGCGAACCGUAUAACAAGGCAAAGAUCAUGGUCUGCACUGGGAAGAACUUUGGCUGCGGUAGCUCGCGUGAGCACGCGCCUUGGAGUUUGAAAGACUUCGGGAUCAAGUGCAUCAUCGCACCCAGUUUCGCGGACAUCUUCCGCAAUAACUCAAUGCAGAAUGGCAUGCUCCCCGUCGCCAUCCCGCAAGAAGACUGCAUCGAGCUCGCGAAGGACGCAGAGGCCGGCCUCGAGCUCGAAGUCGACCUCGAGAAAGAGGAGAUCCGCCGACCGAACGGUCAGCCGCCAGUCAAGUUCUCCACGGAUCCCUUCCGGCGACACUGCCUGCUGAACGGCCUCGACGACAUCGCGCUCACGAUGCAGCGCAAGUCGCAGAUCGAGACGUUUGAGAAACGAAGGAGUGAGGUGUGGCCGUGGCUGGAUGGGUUCGGGUACAAGGGCAAGAUUGCAGUGCCGGCGGUGAGGGCGCCCAAGAAGAAGAUGGACUGGUAAACUUGUAGCAUACGUACUUGUAACUUGCAUACACUCGCAAAAUUGUAUAUCUAUCCGCAAACGAGCUGUCGACUUCAGCUUUUGUCCGUGCCAAUGACACCACAAAAG